AUGUUCGGCGCGCAGGCGCAGCAGGGCGGGCACAACCCAAACAAGGACGUGCAGGUGGCGACGCCGCUGGGCGACAGCGUAUCCAGCCUCGCAUUCAGCCCGCGCGCCAACCUGCUGGUGGCCACCUGCUGGGAUAACAACGUCUACUGCUGGGAUAUACAGCCCAAUGGCACCGCCAACCCCAAGGCGUCCACCACGCACACGCAGCCGGUGCUGUGCAGCGCUUGGAAUGCAGACGGCACCGGGGUGUUCACUGGCGGGUGCGACAAGAUGGUGAAGCUCUGGAACCUGGCAACAAACCAGAGCCAGCAGGUGGCCGCGCAUGACGCGCCCGUGCGGCACUGCGCGUUCAUCCCCGAGCUCAACAUGCUGGUCACGGGCGGCUGGGACAAGACGCUGCGCUACUGGGACCUGCGCCAGCCGCAGCCCGCAUUCACCUACACGCUGAGCGAGCGGCUGUACGCGCUGGACGUGAAGCACCCCCUGCUGGUGGCCGCCACAGCAGACAGGCAGCUGUUCGUUUUCAACCUGCAGCCCUCUUUCAAGCUUCACGCCUCUGCAUGGCUGGCGCGCCCCCUCCUGUGCGCCGCAGAACCCGCAGCAGCCAUACAAGACGGUGGCCAGCCCACUCAAGUGGCAGACGCGCGUGGUGGGUGGCCGCGCGGCUAG